AUGCACCAGAAAUUUAGAGUACAAUACAAUAUUAAAAAUUACGAGCAAAUCCAUAACAGACAUGAAGGUCCGCUGCUUCUUCUACUAAAAUCAUCAGAAGAGGAUGACGAGCUUAAUGACAACUUUAAGCUCAUAGCACAUGCACUCAAGUUCAAAGUUCUUGAAGUUGAUCAUUUCUGUACCAAUAGCCUAUUAGCAACGAGUAUCGUCGCUAACUACUUUGAAAAUGUUAUAAAUUUAAAAGUGAAAAACCGUUACGCUGAUACACACUUACCAGAAAGGCUAGCGUAUGCAGGCUACUUGAAUGUCCACGAACAACAAUGUACGAGUAUUAAGGUUAAUUAUUGUAACAGUUCUACAAUUAACGCUGAAGAACCAGGAACUUCAGACAUUUUAAACUGCUCUUUCGUAGAUGUGUGCAGACCGACUAACUACACAACAAUCAAAGUUGUUAGUAAACAUUUGCAAAAGUACAAAGACCUAAUGUCAUUACUUGAAGUACUUGACGAAAACUAUAACCCUAUGACGAAGGAUUAUUGGCUACAAUACGUUACAGAAAAUCAAUACAAAAAUCGCGUAGUUAUAUGCGCUGAAAAUUACUAUGAAAGCAGUUAUAAAUUGCAGUAUAAAAUGGUUAAAGAUUGUAAUUUAUCUAAUUUCAAUCGCAAUAACAUACUUGGAAUAAUUGCACCUAGACCAAUGGAUUUAAUGUUUAGAUUGUCUGUGCCGAGUAUAUUUUAUGAUAUACCAGAAAUUUUGCCAGAAUAUGAAUACGAAUAUCCUAAUUCGGCGGUUGUACAUGGGAAUUAUUACACACAUUUGACAAAAGCCGCGGUAAAGCUAAUAGAGUUAGCUAAAUGGAUAAGAGUUGGAAUUAUUUCGGACAUUUCAGCUUACAGUUCGAAUUUUGAGGUUAUAUUGACAUCUGCUUUACACGAGAAGAACAUUGCUUAUAAUGUCAAACAAUGUUAUGAUAAAACUUGUGAUUUUCGUCAGGCAAUGAUAGAUUUCUACGAAGUUAAAGCAAGGAUAAUCAUCGUAAAUGUGGACGAACAAUACGCGCCUGCGCUGGUUAAAACUGCGGAUGAGUUGGGGUUAAACGCGCAGCAUGGAUAUAUGUGGAUUUGGAGAGGUUGGCCAUUUAAAAACGACAGAGGGGCAUCUCGCAUGGGAGAAGUAUACUCCCUAAGUUUAUUGGAUACAUACUCGUACAACAACAGUGCUGACUACCACAGCAUAUCAAACACGAAUAUACACAAAGCCUUUUCUGCUUUCAAUAAGGCUUUGUACAACUACAAUAAUGAUUUUGAUAUUUAUAUGGAAAAUAGAUCUGCAAAAUACAGCGAAAUUAUAGCGAAAAUAAGAAACAAACUUGACAAUCAUAAAUCCAAUUCAGUAGUAUACUUACGAAAAAUUACUUCAGAAAAGGCUGAAAUCAUGUACACUUUCGAAAUUACGGACAAUGAAGUCACAAGACACGAGAUCCAUAAGGCAGUAACAUUUUCGGAUAUACCCUCGACAGCAUCCUGCGUAGUGAGAUCGAAUAAAUUCGAGCGCACGUGUGACGAUUACAAUCUCCUGAUACUCAUAUUGGUGAUAUUCACUUUUCUCAUCUUAAUUAUGUUAAUUCAUAUGUUUUUUACUAGUGUAAUUAAGCAGAAGCAGUCUUAUAAUAGUUUCUAGGCAAUGACGGGUAUAAACAAUAGAAGAGUCCAGAGAAAUAACGAUCAAAGUCUCUUGAGGAGAAUUUUAAGUAAAAAGUAUUUUUAAUUUGGAGAACUUUUAAAUAUUGAUGAAAACACACGCACAAAUGCUAUAUAUGAAGUCAAUAUUGACAUAAAUGUAUGUAACGUAAUGUAAUCCAUUUUGACUAAAAAUAUUUAUAAAUAAUUUUUAACUUUUCUACCAUUUAUGACUAAAAGUAAAAGCUAAUUUUUAAUGGCCCUUAUUAGCCUUUUACUGAUUUAGGCAAAGUACGUUCAACGUUUACCCAACUGGAUGGCGGUAUUCACUCAAAACGUGUCUUCAAUUACUUUGAUCAUUCUUCCACUCUAUAUCUCGUGCAACAGAGAAGUUUUUGGCAUCGUCAAAAAUCUCAAAGUAAGGGACAGACGUUCUAUUCGCCGAUUGGUUGGGCUGCUAGCACGCACACAGGCCAAUUGAAAAGUCGUCUCAAAAUCUCUUUCGAGACGAACUCUCGUUCUCGAAAAGUUUUAUUAGUUGGUAGGUGCUCUUGAAUUGCGUAAUGAAAAUUAAAUUGCCAAAAAUGUUAUUAUUGUUUUUAUACAAUUGAGAAAAAUUAUCAAGAAGAGAAACCGAGAAGACUGGGUGUAUCAGCAGACUCGGGGGCUCUAAACUCAAGUUAAUCCUCAACAGUCGAUAUGCAACGAGUGGUCGUGGGCAAUAGAAAUCGCACAAUGGUACGUUCUUGUCUCGUCGAAACAAUUGACUUUACACAAAAACAUCCUCUUGAUACAAAAGUUGCAUUUAACUCUUGAACAUAAAAAUCUCAAAUCAAUGGUGUCUAUGUACUAAAUCUCCUUAUUCAUUAUAUUUAUUAUUACAAUCGAUAAAAAAGAAAAGUGUACAGGGUCAAGAGCACGUCAAGCUUGACAAUAAAGGUUUAAAUUUCACUGUAUGCCCCUUGCAAUAGGAACGGUCCAAAGUCCAAAGUGUCAUGCAUGAUAUGCUAUUGACUACCUCUUAUUAGAGACAACAAAAUUUUUCGACCUGACAUUUGUGUAUUGACUAUAUCUAUGAUUGACACCAUGUAAAAGAACUACUUAGUAGAUUUUUAUAGAAAACAUGAAUAUGUUGCAGCGAGAAUCGGUCUAUUGAUUUCUUAUUACAUUGUGGCUUUUUAAAAUGUAACUUAAGAUUUAGAAGUUAUAUUUUUUAAUAUAGAGAGAAGAAUAAAGAAAGUCAUAACAUGGUAAGAAACCUGUAACUAAUGAUAAUUUAGUCGUUUAAAAAUGGCUACAGAACAAUAAAUAUAGUAAAAGAGCUUAGUUUGCGUGACACGUAUGCCAACAGUUCGUGGAGUUCUGCAAACUUGAGCACAGUCCGCAAUUUUCGCGAUGUAUGUUAAGGUCAUCAA